AUGGCCGUAUACCGACCACCAAACAUUCCGAGUGGAGCCGACGACUUGAAUUUUGGUCUGGUGAAGGAAGCUGCUAGCCACCAGGAGGUUCUUAUUGUUGAUGACUUCAACGCACCUGCAAUAGACUGGGACAACCUGACAGUGGAAGCGGCGUCAACUUCCUUAAGUUCCAAUUUAAUGGAUCUCAAGCUUGACCACCCUCUAGCACAGAGCGUUAAGGCACAAACUAGAUUCCGAGAGAACCAGAUAGCUAGUUGCUUGGAUCUAAUUUUUACGAAGGAUGUAUCCUACAUUGAUGAAAUGCAUUCAAAUGCCCCGGUCGGUGAGAAUGAUCAUACGACGCUAAUUUGGGAUAAUCUACUCAAUUCUCAACGUUUGAGGAAAACGGAGGACCAGCCGAAUAUAUGA